GGGAGGAAGGAGGAGCAGCAAAGUUGGCCAGGGUCUCUUGUCUGAUUCCCUGCAGGCUGGGGGCCAGGAAGGCCUUCCUAAACAAGCAGGCGGGAACACAUAUAGCCCUGAGUCGGUUUGUUGCCUCUCAGCACUUGCUCCUCUGGCCACAGCAGGAACGGGAGGCUCCUGGAAAACCCCAGCUUCUCGCCAGCUCUUCCAUGAGCACACCCUGGUCCUGGGACCUGAGAUCUCUCCAUGCAGGAGCAGUCAAGAACUCCGGAGGCGGCGGCAAUGCCGGCCACACCACCCGUCCCACCGCCUCCGGCCCCGCCGCCCAGCCAGCCGCUGGUCCCUUCACUGCCAGUAUUUGUGGAUCAUGCAAAACAACCAAGCAAGGAGCUCAUUAAGCCCAAAGCAAUUUUAGGGCGCCCAGUAGAGAGACCAACAGAUGCUGCUGCUGCUGCUGCUGCUGGUACUGCUGGUGCUUUUGGUGCUGUUGGUGCUGUUGGUGCAGUUGGUGCAGUUGAUGCUGCUGACGAGUGCCCGGGACCAGGUGCCAGGGGAGUCGGAGUCAAAAAUCAUCGUUGUCAGCGGAUCCGAGCCAGCCGAGAAGCAGGCUCACAGUUUGCCAUGGAGGGCUUGGAUGAUAAACUGAUCCUGAACGUGGGGGGCAUGCGCCACGAGACCUACAUCAGCACUGUGCGGGCCUUUCCAGGCACCCGUCUCUACAAGCUGACUGAGCCACCCCCGCCUGGCACCCCAGCUGCUCAGGGUCCACCGGUUCGAGAGUUUUUCUUUGACCGAAAUCCUGAACUCUUUGGCUACGUGCUGGGCUACUACCGUACUCGGCAGCUGCACUGCCCGGCCAACGUUUGUCGGGAUGUCCUAGAGGAGGAGUUGGCUUAUUGGGGCCUGGCGGAAGCGCCGCUGGCACCUUGCUGCUGGCUCAAGCUGAGUGGCAAGGAGACCCGAGCCCAGGACUUUCUGUCUUGGGAGGCCUGUGAGAAUGCCCACAUGGAUGAGCGCCUUUUGCUGAACCCCAUCGAAGGCCAGGGACUGCGGAAUGCUUGGAAGCCGUGGCUCUGGGUGCUUCUUGACCAACCCCAGUCUUCCCUAGGGGCCAAGUGCCUUUCCCUGAUCUCCACCCUCUUUGCCGUGUGUGCUCUGGUCAUCUUCUUCCAGGAGACGGAGGUCCAGCUGGAUUACUUCUCUGCCAACUUCACUCCUAUGGGACAUGGGGUAGGGGUGGGGGGAAACCAUCAACAGCAGCAGAACAAUGGUCUUGUUUACCGCCGUGCCCCCCACCUACUCUACCUGGAACUGCUCUGUGCCCUUUGGUUUGGAACUGAACUCUUUGCCCGGGCUAUUUCCUGCCCUGAUAAGGUGCGCUUCCUGUGUAGCCCUCUCAAUCUGGCCGACAUUUUCUGUCUAUUCCCUGUGCUGGUGGAAUUGGUGGUGGGUGACAAGGCUGAACAGCAACCCCGUCUCAGCCUAACACUUGGGGCCAUCCGUUCUCUCUAUGUCCUCAAGCUGGUUCGUCUCCUGGGCUUCCUUGAAAAGUCCCUGGCCAUGAGAGUCCUGGUUCAUACGCUUCAUUCUUCUUGGAAGGAGGUGUGUGCCUUUCUCCUGAUUUGGGUGGCUGAGAUCUUAUUCUUUGGCUUGCUCUUCCUCUAUGGGGAGCUUUUAGGCAUGUCCACCCCCGGUCAGGGUGAGCCCCACUUUGGUGACAUCUUUACGUGUCUCUGGUGGACUGUUAUAACUCUCACCACCGUUGGCUAUGGAGACGUCUACCCCCUGUCUGCUCUGGGCCAGCUCACUGCUGCUGUCACAGCCACCGUAGGCAUGUGCACUGGGGUCUUGCUGGUGCCCGUGCUUCUGGUCCGUUUCCAACGUUAUUAUGCUGUAGCCCUGGCCCGCCAGAAACUGAGGCCCAGUGGGAUCCUGUAAUGGGCCCAUUAGUCAAGAGGGGUGGACCCCCACCUUCUCUUACUUCCCCUUGCCAGUUUUCGGUUACUGAUGAGAAUUUCUGGCCUUUGAUUUUGCAAACCUUGAAGAAUAAUCCCAGGUCAUGGCAAUCUCUGCGAGUCAGUAUUAGCUAGCCAUGGCCUGAAGGGUAGACCCUUCCCCAUUUUCAGGUGGGCAUCCUGAAGGAAGGGGCUUAAGGGCAAGGCCAGCUAGGCCUCAGCUUCCC